AUGUCGGAAGAAGAGGGUCUUCCCAACCCGGACGUCCAUGAGACAACGGUGUUCAGGCUGGCCACAGAAGCAGAACAGGUGGCAAAAGUGAUGGACCUCACAGCAGACGAUGGAGAGGGUGCCGAGGAGCUUGUGAUGGAUGCAAUUCCACCGCAGUUUCAGAUGCCCGGAAUACCGACAAAACUAGAGAUGGAUGAAGGAACUGAAAUGACCAGUCGUCCAUCAUUGCGUCGUGCAUCCUUCUCAAGCAACAAGGCAGGAUCAAUUUCAGCCAGCUUUCUGAAAGGACAGGAAGCAGAAUGUUGCAUCUGCUGCGCAGAGCUGCCUUCAGACACGGUUUGUAUGCUGAUGCCGAGAUUUGGGAAGAAGCGCUCUUGUAGGCACUAUUUGCACCACAGCUGUGUCAAGCUGCUCAUGCAGUCAACGCCUGCACCGUAUCUUUGCCCUUUGUGUCGAACAGAAUUUGUCCGAGCAGAACCUCUGCCAGAUGUGCGUUUGAACAGCUCUGCCUGGUUCCGAGCCAUUGACGAUGAUGAUUCAGGUGCUUUGGAGAAGUGUGAGGUGAUUGAUGCUCUGUGCGCCACCCUGCCUGUAGAUCCUGAGAAGCUCGAGGCUGUGAAGCUGUGGUCGCAGUGGGACCUGGAAGGCUCGGGACGAAUCACCCGCGAAGCUUUUGAGCAUCCGCGCGGGAUGCUGCAGUUUGUUUUGUACAGCCUACCGUCUUUGAAGCGGGAGGUUCGCUCUGGUGCAGUCCCAGACAUCGAACAAAGCAGAGAAAGUUGGUUUAGAUACUGGGACGAGGACAACCUGCGAGAGCUGGAAUUCCUGACAUUUCUUCGAGCUUUGGCAAGAACCCUUCGGAUAGACGGUGAUUGUGCAGACAUGUCCUUGCUGCGCAAGGUGUUGAUUCAGCUUUUCAAGGAUUUUGGACUCUGUGAGGAGGUCAAUGCCGAUUGUCAGACAGGGGCCUGGUCUGUGCAAGGUAUUGAAUCUAGACCUCUGACGCAGAAGCUUUUCUGUGAAAGGCCUGAUGGCUUUUGUGACCGCCUUCUCGAUCAACUGAAACAAGAAUUUGGACGUAGCCGGUUUUUGCGGCUUCGGGAGCGAGCUCGGCUUUUGCAGCUUCCAAUAGCGGAGCUAAAGCGUGAGCUGCCAAGGAAUGCUCCGGUACCUCUGGAGAAGGCGGAUCUGGUUGAAACCAUUUUGGCUGCUGCUUCGAGCUCUCCAUCGCCCCCUCCUUCGCGGACAGCUGCUGCCAGAAGAUCCGAAAACCCUCAAUGUGGCCCAGCAGGCCUCACACAUCAAGAAGUGCAAGCUUUGCCUUUGGCCGAGCUGCAGCGGAGGCUAAGGUCUGUGGGCGUGUCCUACGACCAUUGUUUGGAACGUCGGGAGCUGGAGGAGCUACUACUGUCGCAUAGGUCACCACCUACAGGUUCUUCAACGGCACAAACAGCGACAGAUUUGGGACCACAACGUCGGUGUGAUCGCUGCUUUGAACAAUGCAGCUUACAUUGA